AACAGGCAGUUUGUGCUCCUAAACGACGCCCCUGAGCUUUGCAGUAUCACAGAGGAUGUAUUAGAGUAUUCUUUGGCUAAUCUUUUCUUGACAUUAUUGUAAUUAUUUUAAGUUCAAGAGAAUUUUUUAUAGUAAUUCAAACGCCCUUUGGGUUACAGAGGCAUUGCGGCGUUCAAGGUUGUGCUGUGCACCAUGGGGGUCAAAGCAGCCCUUCCUAGGUAUGAGCUCUAUUUCUACAAUGUAGUGCUGUGUAUGGCAAUGUUCUGGGCUGCCAGAUGGAUCUUUGAAGUGUCCAGCUCAAAUACCAACAGAAAAACCUUCAAGACCAGUGUUCAGCCAGGAUGGUACUAUUCUGGCAGAAGAAUGGAUACGGCUGAUAUCGAGUGGAUGAUGUGGUUCUCCACGUUCCGAGAGCAUAUCAUCUUUGGACUCUCAGGUCACGUGAUCUUUGCCAAGAUCUGCUCCAUGAUGGCUCCUCAGUACAGAUCCAUGGUUUUCAUGGCAUAUGGUAUGCUGGCUGUUUUCACAAGUAUGGGCUGGGCCUAUGUCACUCUCAUCCUCUCUCACUGUGUGCUGCUGUACAGCAUCUCUCUGGUCAAGCUUAGGUGGCUCUGCUUCGUGGCUGGACUCACCACAAUGGCUACCUUUAAAAUGGAGCCCUUUAUUUCCUGGCAGGCAGGGUUUGUGAGUGGUUCUUUCGAUCUCCGUCCUGUCCUGUUUUAUGGUGGCAGUGGGUUCACCAUCAUGCGCUGCAUGAGUUUCGCUCUUGAGAACUGUGAGAAGAAGGACGGAAACUACAGCAUCUUGGAGCUCCUCAAGUACAACUUCUACCUCCCCUUCUUUUACUUUGGGCCCAUCAUGACCUUUGAUAAGUUCUACAUUCAGGCCAAUAACCCUAACCUGACCAGGAAAGAUGGGGAGAUGUGGAAUAUUUCCAUUCAGGCACUGCUAAACCUGGGGGUUAUUACCAUAGUGGCAAUCCUCUUUCAUUUCAUGUACAUUCUGACCAUACCUAGUGACAUGAAGCUCCUUAAACACAUCUCUGACUGGGCCAUUGUGGGAUUGGCCUACUUAAAUGUAGUGUAUGAUUGGGUGAAAGCAGCAGUGAUGUUUGGGGUGAUAAACACAGUGUCAAGACUGGAUCAUCUGGACCCUCCUAAACCACCGAAAUGCAUCACAAUGCUUUAUGUGUUCUCUGAGACACACUUUGAUCGUGGAAUUAAUGACUGGCUCUGCAAGUAUGUGUAUAAUUACCUUGGUGGGAAGCAUGAGAAUGUUUUGGACGAGCUGAUAGCCUCCCUGUGCACUUAUGGCAUCACGGCGCUCUGGCUGGGACCAUGCUGGGUGGUUUUCAUCUGGGCUUUCUUAAACUGCUUUGGCCUUAAUUUUGAAUUGUGGAUCGCCAAGUUCUUCACCAUGGAGCCUUUUAUUUCUAUUGAAAUGGCGAUCUCUGAUUCUAUGUCACGCAGGAUAAGGGCUGUGUUUAAUACCUUCAAUUUCUGGACUAUUGUCCUCUACAAUGUCUUGCUUCUGAACAGUCUUGAAUUUGCCAAUCUUGUUGCCAAGAGAUUGUUACUUAAAGGUUUUCCCUUCACCACCAUCACUGUGACGUUUGUUACAUACUGCUUGAUUCAGCUGAUUAAGGAAAGGGAAAGAAGCCAGGCUUUGAUUGAUGAUCCAGACCCAAUCCCCCAUCCUGCCUCUGUUCCUCCACCCACAGCUGCACCCACUACCACCACCUUGACAGCUCCCUGCACCACCCAGACGGAUGGAGCUGCCACCCAGCCUGUGGACCCAAACAAGGAAAAGGCAGAGUAGGGAUUAGACACAACGUUCCCAUUGCUCUGAAAUGGGUUUACUUACAUAUUUCUGGUCUUGGAAUUCUGUGGAUGAUCACAGUCUGAAUAUACAGAAAAAAAAGGAUGUUUUAAUAAUAGUACUGUAAGGAAAGAUGGUGUGUUUUAAAUGGCUUUUUGAAAAUUUUACAGGUUUUGUCAACUUUGAAUUACAGCAUGUACUCUCAUUGUCUACGUUUUAAAUUAGCGACAGUUCUACAUAAAUCUAAUAGGUGAUAGAGAUAUGUGCUUUGCAGUUAAAACUUAGAGGAUUGAAUUUAUUACUACAGAUUUUAUAAUCUAGUUUUAAUAAAAACUAUACUUACAUGCAAUUAAAGUGUUCUUAAGUUAUUCAUGCCUGUGUUCAAACACUGAUGAUGAAAUGAUGUAACAAAAUGAAUACAAAUUGAAGAUCACAAAGUUUCCUUUAAAAAUUUGUAACGUAGCUACAUUGAAAAAUUCAAAAUGAGUAACAAUGUCUAUGUCUCUCCAUUGGUUUGCCCUUCUAAAUUUUUUAGAUUUAAUUUUCCCACAAAUUGCUGUGGUUAAUAAAAUGUGUAACUUGUUUACAUUUCAAAUUUCUGUAAAAAGGAAAAAGAAUGAAGUUACAGUCAUAGACUAGCAUCACUUAAAUCUGAGAUUAUGCUGCAGUCUCUGGUAUGUUGCCUCAAUGACAUUAUUGUUCAAAUUAAACUAUGACUAAAA